CUAUCUGGCCGGAUGAUAGUUCUAAAUGGCCAAAAGGAAUUCGUGCUAAUGGACAUUUGUUGUUAAAUUCAGAGAAGAUGUCCAAAUCAACAGGCAAUUAUUUAACUUUAUCUGAUGCUCUACAAAAAUUCUCUGCUGAUGGUAUGAGAUUCUCGUUGGCUGAUGCUGGCGAUAGUAUAGAAGAUGCUAACUUCGUAGAGAAGAUGGCUGAUGCUGGUUUGUUACGUCUGUAUGCGUUCCUGGAUUGGGUAAAAGAAGUAUUGAGUACUAAAGAUACGUUCCGUUCUGGACCAGCCAGUGAAUAUACAUUCAAUGAUAAAGUUUUUAUUAGUGAAAUGAAUAAAGCUAUACAAUCAACGAAAGAAUAUUAUCAAGGUUAUUUAUUUAAAGAAGCACUUCGAUCAGGUUUCUUUGAAUUUCAGGCUUUACGCGAUACGUAUAGAGAAAUAGAAAUUAAAGGCAUGCAUAUAGACUUGGUUCUGCGAUUUAUACGUGAUCAGAUCUUAAUACUGAGUCCCAUCUGUCCUCACACGUGUGAACAUAUCUGGAGUUUAUUAGGAGAGAAGGAAAGUAUAUUAAGGGCAUCAUGGCCAGCAGGUGGACCUGUUGAUGAAAUGUUAGUCCAAUCGUCUCUAUAUCUACAAGAAGCUACUCAUUCAUUUAGACUACGAUUAAAAUCAGCCAUGGCACCAGGAAAAGGAAAGAAAGUAGCGAUUAAUCCCUCCCAUGGAACUAUCUGGGUUGCUAAAACGUAUCCUCCAUGGCAGAAGACCGUAUUAACAACGUUAAAACAGAUGUAUGAGGAGAAGAAUGAAAUGCCUGAUAAUAAAAUUAUAGCAGGUGCCCUACAGCCGAAACCUGAAUUAAAGAAAUAUAGCAAGAAAAUAAUGCCUUUUGUUCAGAUAAUCAAGGAAAGUUUUAGUAAAGAUGGAAUGAAAGCGUUGAAUCUAACGACAGAAUAUAAUGAAAUGGAUAUAUUACAAGUUAAUCUGAAAUAUUUAAUUUCCACUCUGGAGUUAGAAGGAAUAGAAAUCAAAUUUUCUGAUUUAGCCGAAGAUAAAGUAAAAGAAGAAUGUUGUCCGGGGAAACCUUUCAUGACUUUUACAGAACAGGCAUCUGUAAAAGUGAGAUUUGUGAAUCCUCAACCGUACAGUGGAUUAUUUGAACUAUUAGUACCGAUAUAUGAAGGUGAUGAAACGUGUAAAAUAGCCAAUCGAAUAGCUAAAUUAGAACGAUCCAAAAUAAAAGAUGCUGCCAAUGUACGACUAUUACGAUAUGAAAACACCGAGAGUGGUCAUCGAAUGAUACCGGAUAUAGAUAAUCCUGAACAAGGCAAACUUCAAAUAAACGAUACAGCCAUAUUUCAUAUAGACACAGAUAACCAGACAGUCACGAUACAAGAAAACGGAAAACAAAUUAGUACUGGAUAUCAGCUUGUUUAUAUUGUAUCAUAAAUAACACUUUUAUUAUAAUUUAUUGAAAAUAUUAAACAUACAUUAUACAAGAGGUAAAUCUGUCUAUUGUAGGUCUUUCUUUAGGUCGGAAAUAUUAUAUAAAGUAUUAAUUAUAUAUUAAUUAACAUGAAAAGACCAUAAUCAACUCUCAGUGUUAUCUAAUAUGUCCGAUUUUCAUUGGAUUUUCAGCAACCCAAUCUGCUAUUCAACGCACAUUGAUGAUUAAACACAAAAAUGGACAAUGGAAACUUUGUUUUUAUUGUACUGAUUUUAGUAAUGAUGAUCGAGACUAGGCCUAAAAUUCAAUCACUAAUAUCUUAGUUCAGAGUAGAGCAAUUUGAUGAAAUUUUCAGCAUAUUCCUAUACCUUAUCCCCUGGCAGUUGGAAUUCGAUAUAAGAGUAGGCGAUAGUGCCGCUGCCCGGGCAAAAUUUCCCCCAUAGCACACUGUAUGGCGUAUGUCCGUCUUCAUUAGCCCAGCAUAGGAGCAGAACAGUAGGACGUUAAACACCAUUUCAUUUCAUUUCAUUUUACAUUUCAAAACUGAAAAAUUUGGAACAAGAAGUUUUUGAACAAUGAAACCAAGUUCUUUUGGUUUUCAUGUGCACGCUGAAUCAUAAGGUCUGUCAUUGAGUCAACUGGCAUGGUUUCGAUUCGCCUGGUUGUAUGUGACAAGAAGUAGGGUCGCCUGUCUCUGAAUCCUCCGUUUUCCUCCCACUGCUGAAGACCCCUACGCACAAGUGAAUUAUUUAAAUAAAAUUGAACCAUGUGUUAGUCCCGAAAUGACCUAGUUUGUGUCGAGUGGACGUUAAACCCCAUCAUGUAGAAAUGAAAAUGAAAUUGCUUUUGCUUGAACAUAUAUUUUUUUGUUUUAUUCCGCUCUUUAUUUUAUUGGUUCAUGGUAAUUAAAUAAAACUAUAAAAAUAAGACUGACUAUAUUUGUCUCAGGUAUAAAAAUUGGUAUUAUUCAACAGGUAUUUAGUUUCUACCUAAACUCAAUCAUUCUCCAAAACGUUAUUUUUGUUCCUAUAGUGUUCAUGGCAAUGUUGAAAUUCAGAUGUUUGUUCCAUGGCUAUUCAAGAUGAUCCAAUUUGUCAGGGGUUUUUUAUCGUUCAUUAUUCCAAUUUGAUCUGGCUUUGGUUUUUGUUUCCAAUGAAAUAUUUACUGAUCAUUGAAACAAAAAAUAUUUAAAAUUCAUAAAUAAACAAAUAAAAUAAAAUAUGUUAAUUCAAUCUGAUUAAAACACAGAUCCAAUUUCAUUUCUGAUUGGUUAAUCAAAUGUCUGACUUCAUAGGGUCAAAAGCCGCUCGUAUGACCUCUGACUCGACUUAUUGCUACAACUUGUCAGAUCUUCAUGUAGUGUAGGCCAUCGAAAGUAUAAAAAAAAAAAAACCGAAAUAUAGAUCUGUAUUUUAAUCAUAUUUCUAAUGAUUUAUUAUUAUUUUAUUAUUAUUAUGAUGUAUUUAUAUCGCGCAUCUUUCACAUAUAGAGUGCCAAGAUGCUCUUGAAAGACGUACAGUUGUAAAAUCUGAAAAUACAUCAGAAAACGGGCAAAUUGAAUUCUAGAAGUAAAAUCAGUAUUGGAUGUGUGGACUAUUUAACUAUUUCUAUACCUGGAGAUUUAUUUGAAAUAUGAAUCUUGUUACUUAUUAAUAAAUUGUUGUAUAUUGUUACCAUAGUAACCCCUGGUUACCAUAGUAACAGUAUAUUGUAUAUUGGAUGAGGUUUUGUGUGAACUAAUUAAUGAUACAAUCUGAUAUUUUAAAAAAAAUAAACACAGUUUACAUCUAGA